AUGGUUAUGGAACCCGAUUUCUUAGUUGUCGAACCAAAGGAAGUGAUCAAGAACUGUGUCUUGGAAGAGACGAAAAGGGUUUGUCCUGAACUCAAGGAAACUGCGAAGGAUUGCUUGUUUAACAAGAAAGUUGUGGAUUUUAAUGGAGGAGAAGAUGAAUUCGAACCAGGGAGGUUAUCGAAUGAGGAGCUGAACGAGAGAGUAGAGGCGUUUAUCACAACGUUUAGACAACAUUUGGUGCUUGAUGCGCGAAGAGGUAGAGACAAAGAAACUGACCAGAAGAUGAGAACAAAAGAAUGUAACAUUAACUUUUUAAGUAGGGAGGUCACUUGUUCGGUUUAA